CGUGGAGUGGUUUGGAAAUCAGUUUCUAAAAUACCUUCCGUUACUUUGAAGGACGUGGAUCAACACGCAUUCGUCAAGGCUUUCUCCGCCUUCUUGAAAAAGACUGGUAAAUUGAGGGUACCAGAAUGGGUUGACAUUGUCAAAACCUCAAAGUCUAAAGAAUUAGCACCCUAUGACAGUGACUGGUAUUAUACCAGAUGUGCAUCUAUUGCACGUCACAUCUACAUCAGGAGCCCAGUUGGUGUGGGUACUGUUACUAAGGUCUACGGAGACAGAAAGAGGAAUGGUACCAAACCUUCCCAUUUCUGCCGAUCUGCCAAGGGCAUCGCCAGAAAAGCCCUUCAAAGUUUAGAAGCCUUGAAAAUCAUUGAGGCUGUCCCUGAAGGAGGUAGGAGAAUAUCUCUACAAGGCAGGAGGGAUUUAGAUAGAAUUUCUGCGCAAGUCAAAGUCUAUGAGAGGGGAGCUCUCUUGACUUUGUAG